AUGAACACUUCCAACUAACCUUUGGAUCAGGAUAAGGAGAAAAUGUAUCCAAAAGAAGAGGGUUUUAGAAUUAAAAAGGGAAGUGAAAGGGAAAAAAUAGGUAUUUUUAAUAGGCUGAAUGUUGAUAAGGAACAGUUUAUGACCUAUGGUUUAAAGAUGCAGGAAGAUCUGAUAAAGAAAAGAUUAGCUAAUGAGCUUAAGCCUGAGUAAAUUAAAAGUAACAUAAAUAGAGUAGACCAGGCUUAUGCUUCUUUGUUGACAGCAAAUCAACUUGCGGGAGCUGUUGAGUAUGGUGAUGCUUUUUACGUCAAUGAACCUUAGGUUUAAAGAGGAUUCAAGGAUACUGACCCUCAUUUACAGUUUGAUUACAGAAUGAAUCCAGUUCAUAUGCCUGAUCUUUAGCUUCACAAUAGAGUAGAUAAAGGUCUCAGAUUCUAGCUGAGGCAAAAGGGUGUAAUUGACAUUUCAAAAAUGAAAAAAUCAACAGCCACGUUCAUGUCUAUAUAAAAUGCUGAGUUGAACAGACAUCACCAGAUUAGAGCAUUUUAAGAAGUCAAAGAAAUGCAAAAAGAAUAAUAACUCCAUGAAUUGAUAGAAAAAAAGAAGCAAGAGGAGUUCGAAUUACAAAAAUAGCUCAUGAUAUCACAAGGGGGAUACUAAGCUGGAUAAUGA